CGGCCGCCCGCCCAACGGCGCGCGCAUGCGCAGCGCGGCGGUGCGGCGUGAGGCGGCGGGGCCGCAUGAGGAGACAGCCGCCGCCGUCGGGCCCUGCCGCUCCCGGCGCCAUGUCGGACCGGCUCGGCAAGCCCACCUGCCUCAUCGUCGCCAGCGCCGCCGCCGCGGGGGUGUCAGCCCAGUCCUUCCUUCAUUGCUUUACACUGACUAGCUCUGCUUUUAAUCUGCAAGUUGCUACUCCUGGGGGGAAAUCAAUUGAUUUUGUGGAUGUGAAUGAAAGCAACAUGCGUUGGAUACAGGACUUCCGUAUGAAAUCGUAUGCAAGCCCUGCCAAACUGGAAUCAAUUGAUGGUGCUAGAUAUCACGCAUUGUUGAUUCCUAACUGUCCUGGGGCUAUGACUGACCUUGCAAACAGUGGAUACCUAGCUAGGAUAUUGCAGCACUUCAGCACUGAGAACAAACCUAUCUGUGCAGUGGGACAUGGAGUUGCAGCUUUGUGUUGUGCCACCAAUGAGGAUAAAUCCUGGGUGUUUCAGGAAUACAGCCUGACAGGGCCCUCUGUGUAUGAACUAAUAAGGCAGCCUAAUUUUGCCAGUUUGUCCAUUAUUGUGGAGGAUUUUGUGAAAGAUUCUGGAGCUACAUUUAGCGCCAGCAAGCCGGAUGCUGUGCAUGUCGUGCUGGACAGGCACCUGGUGACAGGACAGAAUGAGAAUUCCACUGUUCUGUCAGUCCAAAACCUUAUUCUUCUUUGCAAUAGCAGGUGAAUGUGUUAAAAGUCCUUUCCUGGCUGUGGACUAACAGGUCGUGCCAUGUUUGGAUGUGUUUCAUUCAGCAGGAAAUGAAAGAGCAGGUCUCUUUGCAGCUAGGAUGGAUGAAGAGCCAGCAGGCUAAGGAUUUUAUGGUCUAUUAACUGGAUAGAAACAUCUCUUUAAAUUUCUGGCAUGGCCUAUGGAAUGACUAUGACAAUGAAGUGGCAAUGUCAGGUUUUGCAUAAACAGAAUGCAUGAAAGUUGUGAAUAAGAAAACUUUAAAGUACAUAACACUUCAGAUGUGAUUAUGAAUCCAUCUUGAAUUUCUGUUACUACAUUUUUUUCACUGCAUCUCUCUCUACACCCUUAAAAAACCUUCAAGCUCUGUUUGUGAAUCAUUUGGAGUUUGCGGAUCAAAUAUCAAAAUCUACCCUUAAUACUUCAUUGACAUGCAAUUUGAGGUCUGUUCUUACCCACCUUUUGGUGAGUCACAGAGUUACCGUCCGACUCCAUGUCUGUCUUGAACAUUUGGAUAUGCUUGGAAUAUGAUGGAAAAUGCAUAGUAAACUGUCUGAAUAAAGCAGAACCAAGUGUUUGAAGGCAGUUCACUGUAGUGAUGCUCUUGGCAUAAUGUUUUCUUCUUUGCCUGUUCACAUUAAUAGACUUCUGUUUAAAAAACAAUAUUAUGUUUGCUCAGCUGAUUUUAAAUGGUCUUCUAAUUGCUUAUUUGUUCUGUUCUCUUGUGGUGCAUAUGUUACAAUUUUUAUUCUGUUUGAUAUGUUUGAAAUAUCUGUCUCUGACAAGUACAUUGCCAUUGUCUCUGGCUGGAAUUUUAUGGUGAAAAGUAAAAAUGUAGGCAGUUAAUGUGUAUCAAAUAGAUCAACUGAGGAAUCAAUUUAAAAUGAAAUCUGAUUGAUUUUCUCUGUUUCUUUUUGAGCAGCAGAUGUGACUUGAAUUUGAACAGGGAAAGGGAUUAUCAGACCAAGAAUAUUUUCCUCUGUUGCAGGUGCAAACAUAUUAAGGCUAUAGGAAAGUAGAUGGAUUAACAGUUUUCUUUCACUUUUGGAAUUGAGAGCAACAUUUCAGCAGUGCUCUGUAGGAAGAAGGACCUUUACGGUUGUGUAAAUUUUUUUCUUGAUAAGAUAAUCAGAUGUUAUGACCAGUCAUGAGGUAGGGUAAUUUUAUGUCUUUUCUGUAGAGAUUUGAUAUUUUAUUACUUCUGUCUUUUCUCAAGAAUUCAGUGUGAGUUUUAAAUAUAAUCUGCUAUGGGAUUUUUUUUCUUACUGUUAUAUCUGGAGCCCUGCUUACAGAGUUUUGGCCUGACAGAGAUACUAGUUUAAAUCCUUGUUCCUGACAGCUCUUCUUAGGGACUUGUUAACCUCUGCAUACGUUUCAUCUGCAUUUCUAGUGGGCUGUGGGGGGCUUAGAAGGGAUAGAGUAAGUAUCCAAGGCCCUGGAGGUGGAUGCAACUUAUGUGGCUCCUAAGGUAAGGGAGCUUUGCCAUACCUGAAUGAACUCCUGACUGCAGCUACAAAGCGCAGUCUCAUUUCUGAAGUAGGAGUCUGAGAGACUACAAGUCUGCAUUACCUUUCAAACUGUGUUUCCUUGUGAUUUUGUGACAAUCAUUAGGCCAUUUAUUACGCAUCUGAAAAAAGCCAAUAUUUGUGUCUACCAUGUGGCCAGAUUUCAUUCCUUGGCUGUGAAGUUUUAUCUAGGUCUCCUCAAGAAGCUGUCAGAUGAACUUACAGUGCUAAGACAACCAUAGGCUUUGAUCUAAGUCCUUAUUCUGCUACUUGCCCUUAUUUUGUCCCAGCCAGUAUCUGUUAGAACUGUUUUGUUUGUGAUAUAAGGAAGUUCACUGAUGUACAAGGUACACCGCCUUUUGAUUUUUUGCAACGCUUCCUUGUUCUUGCCAUAUAGGAGCAGAUAAAGAGGAGCUGCUGUAUUUUCAUUCUUUCA